AUGCAAACGGAAAAAGCCGUUGGCGGUUUAACUUACUUUAGUUCGAUAGCUAAUCCCAAUAACAAACUACAUGCUGAUACAAGUCCCGAAAAGUCGAGUGUUCCAUCCUCUGAUUUGUUCAAGGAAAAACCUCGACGAGGUCGUCGUCGUCGUCUGUUACACGAUGAAGAGCAGCGAAAAGCGAGACGUAAAGCACAAUGCAAGCUAAAUCAGCGGAGAUACAGGGCAAAACAGAGAAAACUUAUCAGCACAUUGUCACUUGAAACCGAGGGGAUGAAGGGUCAUUUGGAGACUUGUCAGGACUAUCGGAAUUUUCUAAGAGAUUAUUUCAUGCAGCCGUUCACGGUAUGGAAUGAUGAAAGACCAAUUUUAGUGGUAAACCAUUUUUUGCAGACCUUUCGAGCAGGUUUUGCUCUUCAAUCGACCGAGUCGAGUUCGUUACAAGAGAAUUUUAUACGUCUCGUGUGUGCACCGGAACUUGUUGCUCAAGGAGCUACGACGGAUGGCAUUGAAGCCCUUUUACUGCAGCUAAAGAGAUACACGUCGUACCAUGGCAAUCUUGAGAUGCGGCCACAGAAUGUUAUGGUGAUUCAUGCUCCAAAGCAACAGGAAAAUGACUGUGCAGAGGAAAAAUUGAUCUGGGUCGUACAAGCUAGAGGGAGUUUGAAGUUGCGAAUCUCAAGGGAUACGCUCAUGCUCGUGUACCCUCAUGUAAUGCGGCAUCACACUAGGAUAGCACAUCGUGUAGCAGGUCAGACGAUUGAGCCAAACUUCACCAUGACCUUUUACUUUAACACUCAUGCCAAAGUGACCAAGUUGGAUCAGCAUGUCGACUUUGCUGGAGCGUUUUUUCGGCUACUAGAGAGUGCAGAGGACGUGGCCAUGAUGCUGGAAGGCGCUACGAAUUCGCAAUUUUCUGAAUUGGGUUUGGACCCGCAAGACACGGCGGCGGAGUCAGCACUCACACGAGGAUGCAAGCAGCUCAGCCUUAAGUAUAUUCUUCUGUAA